AGUUCAGGGGAUAUGGAAGGGCUCUAGUCGCUGCAAUCUUGGAGAUCUCUGUAACAUGACUGGUCGUCACAUCUCGAUCUUGCUGUCGCUCGGAUCGGUUGCUUUAUUGUUUCUUGUUCUCUCUACAUUUCAUCGAAACUCGUCUCCAUCUUCUGACCUUGGUCACAAUGAAAUCAGCCAAUUGACACCAGAGGAAACACGUCUGCGUGAUCAGAAAAUUGUGAAAGCAAGAGAAAAUCAGCUUUUGCACACGAUUCGUGAUCUGAAACAUGUAAUGAAACGCCAAAUACAGAAAAUCGGAACGACGGAGCCUGAAGCAAAAGGGAAAGCGGAGGGAUUGAAGAAUGAUCUCGAGCUGAUUGACCAUGCUAUGUCAAAGUUGCGCAACAUUGACCAUCUCAAACGAAAGACGAUCCAAAUGAGCCAAUCAGCGUCUGAUGAAAGCAAGCUUGACAAGGAGGCUGAGAAAUAUGACAAGAAAGCCAGAGCAGACCUGAUGAAGUCUCAAAAAUAUCAGAAGCUGGCGGCAGGCGAUGACAGAACAUAUCAACACAUCAUGAAAACAGCAGAAGCCUUCGAUAAAAAGCUACGGAAUGCGAUGAGAAAGGUUGAACAUGACACCCACAAAUCGCUGCCAAGCAAGCAGGCAGCGAUCGUCAACCCGCCUGCACUGCAUCGCGCACCUGAAGUUCACAAAAGUGCCGUGAAGGCCGGACAGAAAUUACAGAGUAGCGAUGAUUUGAAGAUCGAACAGGCUCUGAAGGAGGCUGAUAUCUUCAACAAGUUUGUGCGUCGAAAACUGUCUAGAGAAUCGGGAUCCACCGCUCACAAGCAAGGGACGCAAAUCAACAUCUUGCAAUGGGCUAAGGCAUCAGCCACACGGGGAGACUGGGCAACGGUGCAUCACUUCUGCUCUCAGCAAAAAGACGCCGCAGCUUGCAGGAAAGCGCUUUCAAGGCAAACUUCGUCGUCACCAUGCGAUCCGCUCAAGCCUGGCUACAUGAAAUGUUUGGGAAUUCGAGCAACUGGCGCGCCGUUAACAUGA